AUGAAUCUCUUCACCACCCUCACCGACUUCGUCUCAAUCUGUAUGCAACAGCACGACCCAUCGCACAACCCAGCGCACGUGCACCGGGUGGUAUCUCUGGCGCGGACCAUUCUACUUGGCGAACAAAGACUCCACCACCACAGUGACACUAACAUUCUCUACGACGCGAGCGUGGUGGAUCUAGCGGGGUUAUUGCAUGAUAUCGGAGAUCGGAAGUAUCUAUCUCAGGUGGAGGAGAUAGUUCUUCGAUUUCAAAAAGAUAAUUACCAGGAUGAGGAUCAGGAUCAGGAUCAGGGCCAAGAUAAGAAAGAAGGAAGAAGAGUUCAACCGGACGAAAUGGUCCUACAGGUGAUGAUCUCGCAUGGAGCGGACCGACAACUAGCGGAGAAAGUACAGACCAUUGUCUCGCAUGUCUCGUAUACCAAGGAACGCGCGGAUCCGGCGGCCGUGCGAUGGUUGAUUGAGAAUGGAUAUCCAGAAUUGGCGAUUGUGCAGGAUGCGGAUCGAUUGGAUGCGAUAGGGGCUGUGGGGAUUGGUCGCUGCUUUACGUUUCUCGGGGCACAGGGGAAGACGUUCGUCCCGGAGGGGGGCGAGUGGGAGAUGGAGAACGCGAUUGAGCAUUUCCAGGAGAAGCUGGAGAAGCUGGAAGGUAUGAUGAAGACCCAGACGGGUAGGGAAAUGGCCCGCGUGAGAACGAAGCGUCUGCUGGAGUUUCGCUCCUGGUGGGAGGACGAGAUGGCAAUCGCCAAAUAG